CCACGUCAUUCGGUGACAGCUUGCACGACCUGCAAGGUCAGAAAGGGAGCAUCCCAGUCAAAACAGAUAGAAUUAUGAAGAAGAAGAAGAAGAAGACGACGACGACACCACUCCAAUUCGCCUGCUGCAGCUAGCAGUCUGAAGAAAGAGAAAUUGACUCUGUAUUCAUGUGAGUCACGACACGGAGAUGAGCACAGAGAUUUUAUAUCAGGCAGACAGUCGUGCUAUUAUUAAUGGGAAAAAUUAAAAAAGAAAGAAAGAAAGGAGUGUCUCCCUAACUUUUCUGGUUACUGUUAAGAUUGUGUUAGGGAUUGCGUUUCAUUUAUUUUUUAGCAUUCUAAAAUGGUAAAACAGAAAGAAUUUCAAAAAACAUUAAAAAAAUUAAUUUCAAACAAAAAGAAUUUCGGAAAAUAAUAAAACAGCGGUUGAACCGGAUCGACUGAGACUUUCAAACGCCUCCUCCCCUCUCUGUUCGCAUCAUUUUUUUGUCCUCCCGAAGCUGAACCGGUGAGCCCUUCGACUGUUUUUACUUGGUUAAGUUGCAGAUUAUGGAUAGUGGUCCAGAUCCAAGUUUGUAUCCGUUGCACCGCUGCAAAACAAUUCACGUGGUGAGGCAUGCACAAGGAUUGCAUAAUGUCGAGGGAGAAAAGAACUACAAAGCAUACUUGAAUCCUGAAUAUUUAGAUGCUCCCCUCACUCAACUAGGCUGGCAGCAGGUUAAUUAUUUGCGGAAGCAUGUCCAUGCAUCUGGGCUCUCCAAGAGGGUUGAAUUAGUUGUUACAUCCCCUUUGCUCAGGACAUUGCAAACAGCUGUCGGAGUUUUUGGUGGGGAGGGCUACACGGAUUGGAUGAAUGCACUUCCACUAAUGGUGGCAAAUGUUGGAAACAGUGGUCGAGAAGCAAUUUCAAGUCUCAAUUCGCCGCCAUUCAUUGCAUUAGAAGAUUGUCGAGAACAUUUUGGUGUACAUCCUUGUGACAAGAGACACAAUGUCAGCGAGUAUCAAUUUCUUUUUCCUGCAGUUGACUUUUCACUGAUAGAAACUGAUGAGGAUGUACUGUGGAAGGCCGAUGUGAGAGAGACAACUGAAGAACUGGCUGCAAGGGGACAGAAGUUUUUAAACUGGCUGUGGACAAGGAAAGAGAAGGAGAUAGCCAUUGUUACCCAUAGCGGGUUUUUGGUUCAUACAUUACGUGCAUUUGGAAAUGACUGUCAUCCAUCGGUGAAGAAAGAAAUGGGAGCACGUUUUGCUAAUUGCGAGCUUCGAUCUAUGGUCAUUGUUGACAGAAGUAUGAUUGGAUCAGAUGUUCCAACGACUAACUAUCCUGGAAAGAUUCCUUGCGGGCUGGAUUUCCCUAGUGAUGUUGGGGAGGACGAAGCACCCAAUUCAAUUUAGGGGAUGAACAGAUUUAAAUUGAUUUGAGCAUUAUAAAUUAAAUGUCUGGCCUUCUUGGAAAACUGUGGCUAUUGAUUUGUUCA